CAUCAGACAUGGACGGAGUGCUUGUUUUUCUGACUGUUCUUCAAGGAGUUGUUUCUUUGAAUCAUGGUGGGAUUUCUGGGUCAACAUUGGAGGUGACAGUCAAACCAGGAGAUAACAUCACUCUUUAUUGUGACUGCAAAAUACCAACUGGAGUAUAUAUAAUGUGGUACAGGAACUGUUCUCAUGAGAACCAGCCUCCUCUUGUCCUGGAACUAGUGCCUGAUAAACGGACACAAAGCAUUGAUGCCUGGGAUUAUCUCAGUCCUCUCCCUCGCUUCCACUUUGUGAAGAACCAGUCCUCUGGAUCCUACGACCUGCUGAUUGAGAAUAUCACUGAUUCUGAUGAAGGUCUCUACUACUGUGGAACAAAAGAGAACAAGGUGCAAGAAGAUGAAAAAAUUAUGGCAACAACGGUUUACAGAUACAGCAACAUGACAACAAGGGUCCAUUGUGGCAAUAAUGACAUGGCCUGGCUGCAGAUAAUUCGCAUUAUUCUUACUGUUGUUUUCUUAGGACAAGAUCAUGUUUCUGGAUCAACAUCAGAGGUGAUAGUGACACCUGGAGACAACAUCACCCUCUACUGUGACUGCAAGUUAUCAGCUGGAGUGUUCAUAGUUUGGUACAGGAACUGCUCUCACACGAACCAGCCCUCACUCAUCCUUAGGACAAGAUAUGAUGUACAUCUGGACCCAAACACCAAAGACUUCCUGACCCCUUUCCCUUAUUUUCAUUUGCUACUAAACCAGUCUUCUGGCUCGUAUGACCUGUUAAUCACUAACAUCAGUGAUUCUGCAGAGGGCGUCUACUACUGUGGAACUGAAGAGAUAAACCCCGAAGAAAAGACUAACGGCACUUCAAGAUAUGUUUAUGAGUACGGCAACACCAUAUUGAGGGUCCAACUUAACUCAAGCAGCUCCAGCAAACGCCAAAAUGUAUCAUGGAUGAUGACAAUCGCUCCAGCUGUGACUGUCCUGUCCUCCUUCCUCUCUUUUGUUGUGGUGUAUUGCAUGUAUCAGAAAAUAGAGGAAGAACCAAGUCAUCAGCAAAGACGUAACAACGGAGACCAAAUUACAUGGAGUCAGGAUGAAGAUUUGUUUCUCACACGAGUUGUGUUCACAUCUAAGGAGGAAGAUACACCAGAGAGCUAAGGUUUUACAGAAAAAGGAGAAAUGGUUUAAAAGACAGGGAUAAUGCAAUAUUUAAUGAAUGAAAAAAUUCAUUAUUUAUGAUUCUUUAAUAAAGUUCCAUGUCUACCUUUCAGUGUGAAUUCCUUUUGUUUUCCUGAAGCCAACCUCAAACACACCUGAAAAUACCAUUUUCUUUUAUUUAUCUGUUU